AUGGGAGCCUGCGACAGGCUGUGCGCGGCUGCCAGGGUGCCUGCCCUUCGCACCUUCACCUCGAGCCCCACCUGGGCGCUCUCGGACCAGGAGUACAGCUCGGUGUUCUACCCAGAGCCCGAGGCGGAGGUGGGAGAGGCCGCCCCGUCCUUCAGCCUGCCAGCCAUUGUCAAUGGCGAGGUGAAGCAGGUUAGCCUGGAGGACUACAAGGGCAAGUAUGUCAUCCUCUUCUUCUACCCCAAAGACUUCACCUUUGUGUGCCCCACAGAGAUCAUCGCCUUCAGCGACCGGGCCAAGGAGUUUGAGGCGCUCAACUGCCAGCUGCUGGCGGCCUCCACCGACACGCCAGAGGUGCACCUGGCCUGGAUCAAGACGUCACGCAAGCGCGGCGGCCUGGGCUUCAUGCAGAUCCCCAUCCUGGCGGACGUCACCAAGGCGGUAUCUGCACGGUACGGAGUGCUGAAGCGGGAUGCCGGCAUCGCGCUGCGUGGCCUGUACAUCAUCAACCCCGAGGGCGUGCUGGAGCACAUCACCGUCAACAACUUCCCAAUCGGGCGCAACGUGGACGAGGCGCUGCGCACGCUGCAGGCACGCCCAGCGCCCGCCGCCAUGCCUGCGGUACAGUACGUGGCGGAGCACGGCGAGGUGUGCCCCGCGGGAUGGAAGCCGGGCGACAAGACGAUGGUGGCGGACCCUGAGAGGUCGCUUGAGUAUUUUGAGAGCGUUGGAACGGAGGAGGAGGAGGCCGAGGAGGCGGGGGCUCAGCUGCUGAAGAUCCACAGCAAGAAGGAGCUGGAUGGACUAGCCAAGUACCCAGGCGUGACGGUGGCCUCCUUUGACACCACCGCGGAGGAGCUGGAGAACCUGGCGGCGGAGAUGGGGGUCAAGGGCCUGCCGCAGUUCCGGUUUUACAAUGGCGGCAAAGAGGUGCUGGGCAAGAUCAUGGGCUACAAACUGCAGCCGCUAGCGGACGCCGUCAAGCAGCUGGAUGCGCUCUGA